CACUGUCGGUAUUAUACUUGGAAAUUGUCUCUUUACCUAAAACUGAUGAUAGGUCUUGUCCAGAUUAUUUAGCGGUUGUGUUGAUAUUUUUUUUUUAUUCUGGAUCAAGUCAAUAAGCCACAAUGAAUAGUCGAACGAAUAGUAUAAUUAUACGAGAAUGAAAUAUUCUAAACAUGAUGUAAAUGUUUGAAUGCAUUCAUUUAAAAAAACUGUUUACUUAAAAUGUGAAAAAUAAAAGUUCGCCUUUAUACAUGCAAGUCACAAGUUUAUUAACACAUAUUUUUACUUAUCAAUGAUACACUUACUGCCAUCACCUGAAAAAUAGAUAUCUGCGGCGUGGCCGAGUGGUUAACGCGUCGGACUAGUAAUCUAAUUAAGGAUUGCUGACCGCGUGGGUUCAAACCCUGUCAAGGGCAGCCGUUGUUUCCUUGAGCAAGAAACUUUACAUUCAUUACUUAGUACUGGUUGGUUCCAGGAACGGAUUCGAGAGUGUUUCAAUAAGCUUAAAGCUUCCAAUACAAUCGAACUAAAUAAAUUUGUAUAAACUAAAUAGAUAUCUAAUCUAGUCCUGAUACUGAUAACAUAACCAAAUGUGUUCACGGGUAAAGAUCUGUAACAUACAAACGAUUCUUUACUCACUAUUGUAAUUUGCUAUUCUACUUUAUAUUAAACGUAAGAUGUUAAUAAGUGUAUUAUUUUGCUUUUUGCUUUUGAAAUGUAGAGCUGAAACUUUUAUUUACAUGGGGAGCUGCUAUGUUUUGUAUUUAGAAAUAGCGCGAUUUUGAAACCUGUAAGUCACAUUGCAGUUCGUACAAAAAAACAAAAACAAUAAAUACAACAAAACAAAAGAAAACAAAAAUGGUCAUAAAGUUGUGACAUUUGGGGAUUAAAUAAUAUUCACCAACAUUACAUUUUUCAUAUUCACUUAUGCUGUAUAAUGUAACAUUAUUUACGUGAGAGAAAGAAUACUUGAUGAAAAAAAUACCACCAACAGCAACAAAACACACGCACGCACGCACAAACGAACGCACACACAAUUUAUUACCUAUUCCAGAGGCAAAAUAAUUCAUACUCAUGUUGAGUAAACAUUUUAAAUAUUUACCGUAUUUAAUCCGUGCUUUUAAACAAUGUUUUGUUUAGGGUAUCAUGAUAUACCGCAAUAUCAGGAUAAUUCAUUUCGACGAGCAUUCCAAAGCCCUCCACAAGGCGGUAAUUAUGGAUAUGAUCAUCAUGCAGGGAGCCAAACAUCUUUACAGAUGCAGCUUAUGGGUGACACAAAACCAAUACAAUCUCAGCCUAGAAGUCAGCCACCGCUUAUAAUACAACCAAAACCUUGGGGACAUGCAAAUACGGAUGUUCCAGGGCACGACAAAGAAGAAUACCUGCCAUCCAUAGAAAGCAUUAUAAUUGGCCGAAGUAUCAGUACGUUCUUCAUCCUUCUUGACGUAUGUCUCAAUUGGUUACAAUAUGCAAAUUGGGUAGGCCAUAUUGUUUUACCUGACUGGCUAAAUAUUCUUGAAACAGCAAACGUUCUACAUGGAGAUAAACUAACAGUACAAUGCAACGAAGGAUCUCCGAACCUUACACAAUAUUUUUUGAUAUUUAUUACAAUAGGAACACUUUUUGGGUUGUUGCAAAUUGUCAGCAUGGUUGGUGAAACAUUGCUAGAAUAUCAGAAACGCUUCCAGUCUGAAAAUUCCAGUGUAAAAUGUAAAGGUUUUCAGUUUAUGCAUGGGUUUACAGAAACUCUUUUGUCAUUUCUCUGUGACGACUUGCCUCAGAUCAUACUUCUUGUAUGCUUCACCUGGUAUUGUUACAUCGAUUACACAGCCGUGAUCAAAGCAGUUGUAUGGCACAUAUUGAAAUAUAUAAAAAAUGGCGUUCGUAUUGCUACUUGUAAGCAAAAGUACAAACGAUUUUGCCAGGAGUGUUCUGGAGAGUGCUGUAAAGAGCCUUGUUGCAGUGUUCAAUGUUGGAUAGAAUAUUUUUGUGGAAAUUGUAAGCAAUGCCGGGAUGAGUACUGUUGCUGCUGUCAAGAUAACUGUUUUGACUGCAGCGACUGCCUGUGUAUGAGAGCAGAUGGCUGCUGUAGUAGCAUCGACAAAGAUCCGAAAUGGGCCUAUAAAACAUAUGAAAAUUUACAAUACCUGUACGCAUUGUUAAUCGUCGCAUUUAUUAUUAUGUCUGUUUUUAAAAUUCUUGGCAUACUACAUGGACCAAUAAGUGCUUUCUCAUUUCACCUAUCUGAUUAAAAUCAGCUCAUGAACAUGUAUGCUGAGCUGUCCUUCCCUUAAAAUAACAAAAUUAUACAGAACGCUUCAGCUGUUUUUCCAAUUUAGAAGAUUAUUGUGACAAUAUCAAGCAAAAGACGUAUUUAUAAGAACCGCCUUAUCCAAUGGUAAACAGCCAAGGGGUUUUAUUCCGGAUACUAACUGUUUAUUUGAAACGCACGCUCUAACUCAAUAUUUGGACAACUAUAUUUUUACCACAUGAUGGUUUCGAUCAAGUUACCAGUGGAACAAGUCUUACAAAACUGUGUUAUUAAGUGAGAGAAAACUUGUUAAUGAUCUGUGAACUGUUUUUGACGCCAAACUCACUAAGAAUAUACUGUGUAUACUUUGCGCAGUCAAAUGGCGUAUUCUCUGGACCAUUGCUCCUGAAUUGAAAAAUAAAUAUAUGAAAAAAAAAACUUCUAGGGAGUUAAAAUUCAAAAUAAAAUCAACGUAUAUAUAUGCUUUGGUAUAUACAUGUAUGAGUAUAUGUUUUCUUUUUAAGGGAAGGGAGAGAUAGGGCACAUUUCAACAUAUUGCACCGUUCAUCCCAUUAUGAUAUAAUACAUGUAAAAUUAGCAUAUAAGUUUACUUCUUACCUUGCCCUGUAUGUACAUAUCUGAUGUAUUCAUUAAAUGAAAUUUGUU